CUCUGUUGGAAGAGAUGAUGAUGGGCCUGGGCCCCCUGUUGUUGGUCUUCAUGCUGGGUCUGAGUCUGACCCCACCAGCCCUGACUCAGGAUGACUCCAGGUACAAACACUUCCUGACCCAGCACUAUGAUGCCAAACCAAAGGGCCGGAAUGACAGAUAUUGUGCAAGCAUGAUGGAGAGACGAGGACUGACGACACCCUGCAAAGACACCAACACUUUCAUUCAUGGCAACAAGGGCAACAUCAAGGACAUUUGUGGAAACAAGAAUGGAAUCCCUCAUAGAGAAAAUUUAAGAAUAAGCAAGUCUGCUUUCCAGGUCACCACCUGCAGGCAUACAGGAGGAUCCCCUCGGCCACCGUGCCGGUACAGAGCCACGCAAGGAUUCAGAAACAUUGUUGUGGCCUGUGAAAAUGGCUUACCUGUCCACUUUGAUGAGUCCUUUUUUCAUCUGUAG